AUGAAUCGUCCUCAAAUUCCUAUUGCGUUUGGUGUUUCAUUUUAUACUUUGUUGUAUCUUCAUUAUAAAUAUGAUUUGAUUGCUCGAUGGAAAGGCGAACCAAUUUAUAAUGAUUAUUCCUAUGUAAAACAAGCUGCUGAACACGAACGUACUACUCGUCUUACUGCUCUUUCUUCUUUCCCAACGCCUGAAACUUCUUCAUCAUCUUCAUCAACCGGUGCUAGUUGA